AUGAUUUGUAUCGAAUGCGGCGGUGCUGCUGUCAAUAAUACGGAGCUAUGUCAAAGCUGCAUGGAGAUGAAUAGUACUGGAACCAUGUCGUUGGAUAUGGCCCGGCAGUGCGAUAUAACAAUGAGCUGUGGUUCUUGUCAGAGGAUGGUCACUGCAGAUUCAAGACAAUGUUCUAGUUGUCAAAAAAGUUUUCAUUUGUCUUGUGAUUCAUCAGAAGUUUCGCAUUUGAAUGGGUUUAUAUGCUCGCUCUGUCGCCGUCGGAAUCAAAUUCUCAGCGAAGAUGUGAUGCUGUCUGCAUCUGUUGUAUCGUCUCGUUCACAGAAUGCUCCGUUGUCACCAUUCAGUGAUCCAUCAGUUCAACAAAUGUCUCUGCACAUGUCUUCAGGCACGAUGUCGUCCAGUUUUCCAUCAAAUCCCGACUUUGGAGGAGAUAUCUAUUCUCAAAUGACGGUAUCCUCUAGCAUGAACCAGCAUCAGCACCACGUUCAACAAAUGCUCACAACACAAUCACAGCUAAUGGACGACAUUAGUGAUGGAGGAGCUACAAACGAUAGCGACAGGAACAGCAGUCCAUUUUAUCAAGAAACUUCCGACUAUGACGAAGAUUUUGUUCUAACGAGCACUCGAGGGCGCGGUCGUGGAAGUGGUAAGAAAAAACCGGGAAGAGGUCAGUCAACCGGUUCACGUCGUCAAACGAAUCCUGGACCAACUGGGUUUUUUUCUGCAACACAAUUUCAAGCAAUGGGUGAUUUUUCACAACCUACACCAACCCGUGGAAAGCGAGGAAAACGUGGAAACGGAAUAACUACCCCUCGAUCAUCGGGAAAAGGACCUGGUCGUGGAAGAGGAAGAGGACGAGGAAGUGCUGCACAAAUAGCAUCUCAGCUUCAACAAGUACAGUAUGGAAAUCCAGCGCCAAUGGGAAUGCCUAUGUAUCAUCCAGGAAACCCUCAAUUGAUGCAUAUGAACUCCGUUGGAUUCCAGAUGAUGCCUCAAAAUAGUAUUGGGCUUUCAAGUACCAUCCAAUCGACCCAAAUUCCUCCUUCUGUACCUCUUCCUUCCAGCAUUAUGAAUAAUGCCGUUCCCAUUGCCCUUCCCCCUCCAGUUCAGACUCCACUCCCCGAACAAUCUCCAACUAUUGUGCCGAAUUUUCAAGAAACAAAUAAAAUUGACACUAUCCGCGAAGUUGAUGAAUCCAUUCUCGAAGAUGAAAACUCAAGACAAUCAGGUACAUCAAGAUCGGAUGAAGUUGAAUACACUAGAAUAUCAAUUGUGUGCAGAUCAAACGACGAGUUCAUGGGAAAAGCUCCACUUUGUCUGGUUUGCGGAUCGAUUGGAAAAGGAGUCGAGGCAUCGAUGGUUGCAUGUUCAAACUGCGCUCAAACUUAUCACACGUAUUGUAUAAGCCUACAUGAUAAAAAGUUUCAACUAAAUUCUGCAGUUAUAACACGAGGUUGGCGAUGUUUGGACUGCACAUUCUGUGAGGGAUGUGGUGCUGGUGGUGACGAGGAGAAAUUGCUUCUUUGUGAAGAAUGUGAUGUGUCUUAUCAUAUGUAUUGUAUAAAGCCACCAUUGGAAGCCAUCCCAAAAGGUCCCUGGAGAUGCCAAUGGUGUUCACGAUGUCGCCGAUGUAAUCAUAAAUCAACGUCUGGAAACGACUUAACUUCAAAAGGGCUGUGUCAUUCGUGUCAAUCCCUGCAAAGCUGCUCACGUUGUAAUAGAGGAUAUCAUUUGAACGAGAAAAUAAUUAAAUGCAGUCAAUGUAGCAAAUGGCAUCAUGGAUUCUGCGAAGGAUUACACACCGACGAGCAACUGGAACAAGCUGCACUGAACCGAAUGCGGUGCACAUCUUGUCGACCAAACCGGGCGCAGAUAAAUGGUUUCUCUGAAGCUGACACAGUGUGGUGUGAUAACGUUGCACUGGACAGAAACGCUCAUGAGAUUCUCAAAUCGAAGUACACUCCAUCAGCUCUCAAAAGUCAGAUGCAAGAGUAUCGCGAAUCGUUUGAUCAUUACGAAGAAGAUUUUACGCCCCAAGACGAUGCUUCGGAGCCAGGUUCAUCCUUAUCAAUCUCAGGACAGAGAGGGCGGGGGCGAGGUAAUCCGAGCGGUCGACGUGGAAUGAAUCGAAUAGGUAUCGGCGGAUUCUAUGCGAAACUCCCACGCCAUCGGAUUCAAGCCCUUACCGAGGAAGCUGCUGCGGAAGAGGACGAUACGAAAAAAGCAAAACGUCCAAGAAAACCCCGAAGAUCUCAAUUGGAAGACGCUUAUCCGCCUCAAAUUCAAGAAGCAUUCUUUGGGAUUAAAGCAGUUGAAGGAAAGUCUCUAGUUGAAUAUAAUAUAGAAGAACCUAUGCUAGCUGAGUUCAAUGGAAGAUAUGUAAGAGAACGCCCACUUAAAUCACACACGUUGUGUAAGGAUGCCGCAGAAAUGUUGAGAAAUGACCAAACAGAGAACGACAUCUUAGAAGGUAUAGAUUUCGGAAACAUGGACACAGACAUUAACUUCGACGAGAUGGAUUUGUCUAUUUUCUUUGAUGAAGAUGAUGAAGAAUUGGAAGAUAGUCUCCAAGGGGAAACACAUCCCAAACGUGAACUACCGGAAGGAAGUUACGGACCAACUACUUUCAAUCUAGAUCAAAAACCAUCUACAUCAACAGGAGGUAUGUCAAGUGGUAUGCUCGGCCCGCAAGAUGGUAAUCUUAAUGGCAUGAAUCCAGUUAACUUCGCUCAGCAUGCACCGGGAGUGCGAACCGCUAUUGCAAGAAGUGGAAGUCAUUCAGAUGCUCCAGAUAGAUACCAAUUUUCUGCUCGAUGGGAAGAAGAUGAGCCGGCGGGGUUGAUGGCAACUACGGCAGCUGUACUGUAUGCAAAUGAAAAGCAUCCUCAUUUAAAAGUGCAACUUCCAAUUUGGAGCGAUCGCGUCAAGCAAAUUCAAAAACUAUGGCGUAAUUUGAGCUCAGAUGAUCGCCAAGAAUAUGUUAACCGUGCUCGUGAUAACAGAACGAAAAGUGGGAGUAAACCUCGGCCGCGUAGAACGAAUGUUCAAAGCACAAAUUCUGUUGAUAGUCCAACUGUUCAGUCUCCAGCUCCCCAUCAGUUCGGAUUCAAAGUUCCAACAAACCCAGGAGAACCAUCUUCAUCAAGUGCAUUUGGUUCUCAGAUUGAGCAAUCGCAGCAACCUAAACAAGUUCGAGUAACCAAUCAUUUGUCUGCUGUGUUCUACAAUACCUGGCAAGAAAUGAGAAGAGUAAAACUCGAUCGCGAAAGACUCCUUGCAUCCCUUGAAGAACAGUUGAAUAAAGCUCGUAAGCAGAAGAAGAACUUGGCCGCGAAAAAACGCCAAAUGGUGAGAACACAACAAGCAGCACCUGAUUAUGAUGGACGACAAAUUGAUUUGAAUGAUAAUGAUCAAAAAGUGCUGGCGCAGCUUACCGAGCAAAUCAAAUCAACGCAAGGAGAAAUGGAAAACAUGAAAAAAGAUGUGAAAAGUCAAGACACUGCUUUACAUCAAUUUGAAUUGCAUAACAAAAUUCUUCGAAAUGAAUCAGAAGUCACACCUCUUCAAAAAGAACAAACUCAUCUGCGAGAAUUACAGUUUGCUGCCCAUGCUGAGCAGAUGCUGGCUCAACCUCCACCACUGGGUCUAGGAAUGAAUCAGUCUCAAGGACAUCCGCAACCAGGGACUCAGGCUCCGAUUAAUCUUCCACUUUUACAACAACAACAGCAAAGGAUGUUGCAUUUGCAAGGAGUGCCAAUGAUGAGACCUGGACCUGGACAGUUUAUAAUAAGACAGCAACCUGGAGCACCUCCUAUGACGAUGCAACAACAUCAGCAGCAACAACAGGAAAUGCAUAGGAGAAUGGUACAAAUGCGACAUCCUGCAUUAAUUAUGGGAGGAGUUCGUUUCGAUGAGAUAACAGAUCCAGUAAUGAAAGAAGCUUAUCAGUGCCUUGAUGCUAUUCUGGCCGAUGUUCAUCAACAUAUUGAGUCUCAGAAAGAAGUUCAUCAUCCAAUGCAUGGCGGUCCACCAGCUCACAUAAUGCAAAGAAUGAUGCACCACCAAGGUGCUCCAAUUCCACGCCUCAUCAUGCCUGGUCAGAUUCCUCAAGGACAAAUACCACCACAACAUCAUCCUGGUGUUCAAUUAGUUCAACAACAUCCUCCUAUGACGCCACAAUCAGCUCAGCCACUUAAUAUCGCGGAGGAUGGACCGAAACCUAAGAAAAAACGAAAUAAUCAGAAGAAGGCUACUUCCUCUUAUCCCGCCGGUGGCGAAUAUGAAUCAUGGCUGGAAACUAUGCGAACAAGAUUCCGAUUGUGUGGCGAUAUUCCAAAGAAACAGCGUGAGCCUCGUUUGAACCGAGCUGGAUGUGAAUUUGUGAAGUAUGGAUUGACAGAGAUGGCAGUUGUAGGAGAGCGAAAACCAUUGCUUGGAGAAUUCGGUGCCAUGCACGUUAAACGUGGAACAAGAAUUUUCGGGAACGAAGAGAGAGCUCAGAAAGCACUAAUUUUCAAUGAUGUAAAUAUGUAUCAAGUAGAACCACCGAUUCGUCUUGUGGCUCUUUACAACAAUACGAUGCCAACUUCUGAAGACGAUGUAAUCCAAGAUGAAAUGGAUGAGAACACAUGUUUGAACCCAAAUGCAGCCCUUUGUAAACUUUUCAAUAAAAAACAUACCGUUCGAGAUCACAUUCGCUGUUGUGUUCGUUACAUGGAUGAAGGAAAGGCUCCUAUACAACCGGAAUCGAGUAUGUUUAACGAAAUUAUUGACCGAGAUGAAGAAGUUACUGUGGAACUAGUCUUCAAUACAAGUGAUAUCGGAGAAGAAAGUUCUGUAGAAGACAAGAAAGACCUAGUGUUCAAACUGAACGAAAAACUGAAGGAUCUUUUGGCACUAAAAGAAGAAGUUCCAUGGAAGAUGGAAGACACACCUCCAGAGUCACCAAUCUGUUUCUCACCAGAACCAGAAGGAAUUUCCGAAGGUAUCCGACAGACAACUUCCACUUCAAGGGCACCGUCAGCAUCUGUUGAAAAAGAAAUAAAGAAAGAGGAGGAUGAAGAUGCUUCUGCGGCCCCGGUUUUCAGAGAAGUCAAAAAUGAAGUAGUCGAUUCGACUCAACAGUAUCAGUGCAAGCAGUGUAACGUAUCAAUCGAUGGCGUGCCAGCUCUUCGAGUUACGAUGGCCAAGCUAGGAGUGCUCUCACAAGAGGCUACUCUGGAAGAAAAGGACGAAAUGGUAUCUUUCUGUUCUAGAAAGUGUUAUUUCGAAUUGAUGUCACUGAGUCGAUCGGCAUUAACUCAUGAAGAGCUGACUGCUGCUGAACAAGUUGUUUCUGAAGAGAUCUAUAAUAAACUGAAACAAAUUUAUUCGGAUAAUAUCGUAAAGGCGGUCAAUCAAGGAAAGAAACCUCCUGCUGCUGCGUUUUCAGCUUCAUCGCUCAUCGGCAGCACGGAACAUUUGGUAUCACCAAGAGAUACUCGUUACAUGAUGGAUGAAGGCAAAAAAGAUAAUAUCAUAAUUGUGCCAGUUUCCUCAUUAAUUGGGGCAGUUGAUGCUCCCAAAGAAGCACCUCCUCAGAGAACAGCCGCAGGAGAAGAUUGGAAAGCGUACACUCAAGACAUUCAUGAGUCCUUCAUCAAUAUUCAACAACAACAUGUGCAAUGCAUUCUUUCGCCGAAGAUCGGAGUUCCUCAUCCACCCUAUGAGCUUGACAAGCGUAUUUGUGUGUUCUGUGGAGGAGUCGGCGAUGGAGAAACGUUCCGUUGUGGUCGUCUGAUUUCACUGACAGAAUACUAUUGGGUACACGUUAAUUGUGCAUUGUGGAGUGCUGAAGUGUUCGAACAUCCAUCAGGGUGGCUUACAAAUGUAGAUCGAGCAGUCGUUCGAGCUGCUCAGACAGCUUGUGAUCAUUGCAAACAACCAGGAGCCAGUGUGAAGUGUCAUAAAAUGAACUGUGGUGCUAAUUAUCAUGUGUUAUGUGCAAUGCAGCACAACGGAUUCUUCAUCAAAGAUAGAACUUUCAUAUGUAAACUUCACGAAAAAGUCACAAAUGUUGUUUUACGGCUGGAUGCUCUUCGGAAAAUCUACAUUAAACGUGAUGAAAAUUCGCUGUUGAUGCGCCUUUUCGAUCUAUCCGAUGGACCAAACUUGUGCCUUCGUAUUGGUGCAUUCGCUUUCCACAAACUUGGAUCGAUCAAUCCGUCACAGUUGAAAAAGUUCCACAACAAAGAUUACAUCUUUCCUAGCAAAUAUCGAGCUACUCGUCUUUUCUGGUCUCCAAAAAAUGCUCGAGAAAGAAUGAUGUUUGAAUGUCGUAUUGAGGAGAAAAACGACCUCCCCUUCUUCGUCGUUCAAAGUUUGGAAGAUUCUUCAAUUUGUCAUCGUGGUUUUUCUGCAACUAAAGCAUGGCAGCCAAUCUUCGAAAGAGUGAAUCAGCUCAGGGAUCAACAACAAGGAGAGGUACUGAAAUUUUUCGGUACACAAGUUUGCGGAGAAACAUUAUUUGGACUGAAUGAAAAUGCGAUUACUAAAAUUACCGAGUCUCUACCAGGCUUUGACACGAUAUUCACAUAUCAACACCGUCAUCAAAAUAGUCCUGUCUUGGAGUUACCUCUCGUGGAAAAUCAAAUGGGAUGUGCCCGAGCAGAACCACGGAAUCGAACUAUCGGACAACAUUUCCGCACGAAGCCUCAGCCGAUGGGUGGUACAAGUCAUAACCAUCAUGGCAUAUUAGGAGUGAUAUCAGCUCAGUCUACGCUAGCUACUGUAGCUACUUCAGCACAACUCGACACGUUAGCUUCUCGGCAGGCUGCAACUUCUGUUACCUCUGCCAACAGUGGACGUACGCGUGGAGUAAGGUCAUAUUAUACAGAAGAAGCCGCAGCUCGUGCACGGGCAUUCGGUAUUCCUCCAGAAAUAGCUUCUUUGUCACUAAGAAUGGAAACAAAUCAAAAUAACCAAGCCGGAUUUUCGGCUUACCAGAAGAUGAGAAGGGAAUGGAAAGAUCGUGUUUAUUUGGCCAGAUCACGUAUCGCCGGCCUUGGUUUAUAUGCCAAGAACGAUAUCUCAAUGGGAGAGUUCAUUAUUGAGUACAAGGGAGAAAUCAUUCGUGCGGAAGUUUGUGAAGUUCGUGAAAUACGCUAUACUGCUCAGAAUCGUGGAGUUUACAUGUUCCGGAUUGAUGAGGAAUGGGUGAUUGACGCCACGAUGGCUGGGGGACCGGCAAGAUACAUUAAUCAUUCUUGCGAUCCAAAUUGUUCCACCCAGAUAUUGGAUGCUGGUUCCUCCGGACGUGAAAAGAAAAUCAUAAUCACGGCUAAUAGACCAAUAAGUUCCAACGAAGAGCUUACUUACGAUUAUCAAUUCGAACUGGAGGGCACUACAGACAAAAUUCCAUGUCUUUGUGGAGCACCGAAUUGUGUAAAAUGGAUGAAUUAA